GUAAACUACCACCUAAGGUUUAAAUACAGUCCUCUGAAUGCACCCCUUGGGGAACUAAGCUCUUUCAAUCCAAACGGAGAUAAAGACUGGCACACUCGGUCCCUUUUCCCACUGCUUCAGGUACCUGGGCCUCGUGAGCAAUACUUCAAGGAUGGAGGCAGUCCAGGCUAUUACCGCGAGGGCUUCCUGGCAACACAGUUCGCAACAGACAGAGCCAUUAUCAAGUAUCAUGCCAACCAAGAAGCAGCCAAACUGCUUCCAUCAUUUCCAGUAGAAAUGCUGCGAUUCCCUUUCCCCCCCUAUACUGAUGACAUCUUCAUUUUGGCAAUCCAAACACAGCUUUCACUACUGGUCAUGCUGAGUUUCACCUACAUGGCCCUUAAUGUUACCAAAGCAAUUGUACUGGAAAAGGAAACCAAGCAAAAGGAGUACAUGAAGAUGAUGGGACUUAAUAACUGGCUGCACUGGUUGGCCUGGUUCUUCAAAUUCCUCCUCUUUCUCAUAAUUUCAGUAUUUCUCAUGUCUGUGCUGUUUUGUGCAAAGAUGUCCAAACAAGGAGCUGUGCUGAGCAACAGUGAUCCCACCCUAAUAUUUGUGUUUCUCCUGCUGUUUUCAAUUUCCACGAUUUCAUUCAGCUUCAUGAUCAGUGUCUUCUUCUCCCAAGCUAAUAUAGCUGCUGCAGUUAGUGGAUUCCUGUACUUCUUUUCGUAUAUCCCUUACUUCUUCAUCGCACCUCGUUACCAUACAAUGACACACCCCCAGAAAGUGGCAUCAUGCUUGAUCUCAAAUGUUGGCAUGGCACUGGGAUGCCAGCUAAUUGGCAUGUUUGAAGGGAAAGGUACGGGUAUACAGUGGUCAAACAUAAACACGCCCGUCAAUGUGGAUGACAAUUUUACUCUUGCUCAAUCAAUGGCAAUGCUGAUAUUUGAUUCAGUUGGUUACAGUUUGGUCACUUGGUAUGUGGAAGCUGUGUUCCCUGGGGAGUAUGGAAUACCACAGGUCUGGUACUUUUUCAUCUUG